UUGAGAGGUCCUACGCCAUUGGAUCAGCGUCGUCGUGUCGAAGCAUUAGUGUUCACUAAUCAGAAGAAGAAAAAUAACAAGAUUCAAAUAGAAGGCUAGUUCAGUAACCACUUGCCAAGUGAAGUGAUAAGGCCGUCUUACAAAUAAAAAAUAAACAGUUCAGUGCUCCUUGAACCAAGCGAAACUCCCGAGAAAACCCCAAGUGUUGUAGCAAACCUAAAUGCUCUGCCCUCCAACCAUGCGUCCGGCCAGUCCCGCCGAAUCCGAAAUCUCCGUGGGUGGUGCGCCCAGUCCGCUGCCCACACAGCACCAUCAGCACCCGCACUCGCAUCCGCUGCAGCAUCCGCGGGCCAGCACCAUCGAUCUGUUGCAGCAGCAACAGCUGCUGAUGCAGCACCACGCCGCAGCGGCCGCAGCAGCCGCAGCAGCUGCUGCAGCAGCCUCCGGACUUAGCCGGAGUGCCGUCGGCAAUCUGCCGGAGGACUAUUUCCAGCCACUGAAGCGCCUACGCAUGUCUUCGUCCUCCUCGGAACCACGUGAUCACACGCCCAGUCCGCCGGCAGCAACGGUUCCGGAGCCUCAAACUAACCAGACCACUAAGUCGGCCAUCGAAGGCGUCAAGAGCUUCUCCAUUGCGGAUAUCUUGGGUCACUCCGAGAAGCAGCGGGAGGAGUCCGUUUCACCGCCUCCAAAUUCCAAUUUGUUGGCACCACCGGCCACCCGGCCCAUUGCCUCUUCCGGUGGAUUACUGCAGCCCCGGACGGAACCACUGGAUGUCCACCCGGCUGCCGCUGCUGCCAUGCUCUUGCCCGGCGGACAGAUUGUCCGGCCAUGGGACCACCUUCUGGGUCCGGCCAUGCCCGUCCGCCCCUUCAUUCCCUCCGCCCUGCUGCACUACGAGCAGCGUUUGGCCCUGGACUAUCACCGCCAGCUGCAGGAGCACUUCAACGCCCAGGCCCAACUACUGCGCCACAUGGGUAUGGACAUCAUUCCUUCUGAGAGCGGCUCCGACCGCUCCAGUUCGGCAGCCAGCGAUUGCUGUUCGCCUGAGAUCGCCAGGGACUCGGCAGCUGCUGCUGCCGCCUCCGCUGCCAGAGGAGCAGCCAGUAGUGCCAGCAAUGCGGCCGCCGUUGCCAAGGCCAAGGCCAAUGGUACUCCUCUGGAUGCACUCUUCCAGAUGACAACCAAGGACUUUGACGAGUCACAAGAUAAAUCCCACUUGGACAUCUUUUCGAACCGACCGCAGCCCAAGAAGAAGCGCAAAUCUCGCACCGCCUUCACCAACCACCAGAUCUUCGAGCUGGAGAAGCGUUUCCUCUACCAGAAGUACCUGUCGCCAGCGGAUCGGGAUGAGAUCGCCGCCUCUUUGGGCUUGUCCAAUGCCCAGGUGAUCACCUGGUUCCAGAACCGCCGUGCCAAGCAGAAGCGUGACAUCGAGGAACUGAAGAAGGACUUCGAUAGCGUCAAGGUCUUCUCUGCCCACAAAUCCUUCCUGGAGAACGUCAACGACCUCAGUAUCCUGAAGAAGAAGCCCAUGCAUGAGGCUGAUAUGGUGGGAUUGGCUGCUGCCGCUGCCGCUGCUGGAAUGGUGGUGCCGGUGCCAGGAUCCGUGCCAAUGGGAGGAGCUCCGCCCAAAUGAGGGCGUGGCCAGGUGCGCACCGAACCGCCAAGGCAACCUGAUGAUUGGUACAGAAAGUGAGCAACGAGGAGUCGAGUAUUUUGUUUAAUUUUGUGUCGAGUGCCGGGGAAGUUGGGCAGUUGAUUUUCACCCAACGGACAUCCCCAAGGUAUUCGAAGGCCCAAGGAAGUGCCAGGACAUCCUUAACAGCUUCCGAGGCCAUAAAGCAGAGGGCAAAGGCAACACUCACAGCCAAGCCUUAAGAUGGAGCAUAACCAGCCAGGACCAAGGCCUUUUACAUAGGCCAAAACAAGCCAGAAACAAGCCAGAACAAUCAUAACCGUAACCGGAUGUGGACAUAUGGAACCAGCCAGAACCAAGAUUCGGCGUUACAGCCAGGAUCACAUCGA